AGUCAGUACCUAGCAGAGCUGCGGGUGACUCCACAGAAUAUCUCCAGAUCGCUUUCUGAGGCUGACCGACGCUGCACCAAGACAAGGAGUCCCACGUGCAGACCUGUCAUUCAGCCACUUUUUUGACAAAGAAGUGACUCUGUGGCCCUGACCUAAAUCACUAGGUGACCCUGAAGCCUCUUUCUAUAUGACUCCAUCUGGAUUUGGCUGGCUGUGGGGACAAGCUUCAAGGGACUUUCUGGGUCUCCGUGGGGCAGCAGUCAGCUCUCUGGCUACCAUGGCAAUCACUGGGAACUGAAGGGACAGGGCCCAGCCUCAGCACGGGGCAUACAGGAUAUGAUGGACAACAAAGCCAUGUACCUGCACACCGUGAGUGACCGUGACAGUGGCUCCAUCUUUGAGGAAUCCUUUGAUGGCAGGAGCCUGUCCAAGCUGAACCUGUGUGAGGACGGUCCAUGCCACAAACGGCGGGCGGGUGGCUGCUGUACACAGCUGGGCUCCCUGUCAGCGCUGAAGCAUGCAGUCCUGGGGCUGUAUCUUCUGGUCUUCCUGAUUCUUGUGGGUAUCUUCAUCUUAGCAGUGUCCCGGCCUCGCAGCUCCCCAGAUGACUUGAAGGCACUGACUCGGAACGUCAACCGGCUGAAUGAGAGCUUCAGGGACAUGCAACUGCGGCUGCUGCAGGCUCCAUUGCAGGCAGACCUGACGGAACAGGUGUGGAAGGUUCAGGAUGCACUGCAAAACCAGACAGACUCAUUGUUGGCCCUGGCAGGCUUGGUGCAGAGGCUGGAGGGCACACUGUGGGGGCUGCACGCGCAGGCGGCACAGACUGAACAGGCAAUGGCCCUGCUGCGCGACCGAACAGGACAGCAGAGUGACUCCGCACAGCUGGAACUCUACCAACUGCAGGUGGAAAGCAAUAGAAGCCAGCUGCUGCUGCAGCGGCAUGCUGGCCUGUUGGAUGGGCUAGCACGCAGGGUGGGGGUCCUGGGUGAGGAGCUGGCUGACAUGGGUGGUACGCUCCGUGGCCUCAACCACAGCCUGUCCUAUGACGUGGCCCUGCACAGCACUUGGCUACAGGACCUGCAGGUGCUGGUGAGCAAUGCCAGCGCAGACACGCGCCGAAUGAGGCUUGUGCACAUGGACAUGGAGAUGCAGCUCAAGCAGGAGCUGGCCACGCUCAACGUGGUGACCGAGGACCUGCGUCUGAAGGACUGGGAGCACUCCAUCGCCUUGAGGAACAUCACCCUUGCCAAAGGGCCACCAGGACCCAAAGGUGACCAAGGGAAUGAAGGGAAGGAGGGAAAGCAGGGUAGCCCCGGACUUCCUGGAUCUCGAGGUCUGCCAGGAGAGAGAGGUGACCCAGGACUGCCUGGUCCCAAGGGUGAUGAUGGGAAACUAGGAGCCACAGGCCCCAUGGGCAUGCGUGGAUUCAAAGGCGAGCGAGGCCCAAAAGGAGAGAAAGGAGAAAGAGGAGAGAGAGCUGGUGAUAUGGAUUUCACAAUGAUUCGCCUGGUGAAUGGCUCUGGCCCACACCAAGGCCGGGUGGAGGUGUUCCAUGAUCGUCGCUGGGGCACAGUGUGUGAUGACGGCUGGGACAAGAAGGAUGGGGACGUGGUGUGCCGCAUGCUGGGCUUCCAUGGAGUUGAGGAAGUGUAUCGGACAGCUCGUUUUGGGCAAGGCACGGGGAGGAUUUGGAUGGACGAUGUGAACUGCAAGGGAACCGAGAGCUCCAUCUUCCACUGCCAGUUCUCCAAAUGGGGGGUGACAAACUGCGGGCAUGCUGAGGACGCUGGGGUGACUUGUACUGUCCUCUGAAAGCGGCCACAGCCCAAGGGCAGGGCACUGCCGCCGAGCCACACUCCUGUGUCUCUGAGGUAGGGGGAAUUGCUUGGAGCCACCUAACCAUGGCUUGUGCCUGAUCCAACACCAUCCUACCCUUGCUGCCAGUUGGCCCUACUCUGGUUCCAAGGUCACCAGAUAUCACUCUCUUUGCAGACAACUGCUCCAAAGUCCUCAGUGGGACUUGUAUUCUGUCUUUCCCUUCCACCAAGAUUUCUACAUGGGGAGCCCUAGUCAAUUGAACUAGCAGUAUGUUCAGCUAUCUGAAGAAGAUUCAUAAGGGCCUGGGGAUCCAUAUUCCCUUUGGUCUCUUGGUUACAGGUGGAUGCUGAUAUGACAUCACAGGCAAGAGCUGCAGUGGAGGUGGAAGGUGUUAUGGGUCAUUUUACUUUGCAGAUAAUUCUCAAAUCCCACUGUUUCACCCACCCCCAUCCACCUCCCCAGCAAGUAGAAACCCUUAAUGACUCUGUUUCCCCUCUUUUCCUCUGCCUCUUCACACUACAUGUUAGUUUGAGGAAAAGGUAGUGGAGAAGCCAGCUAUGGGAGACAUAAGAAAAUGGCAGGUACCUGAAGAACCCAGUUGGAGCUGGGAAGAGAGGAGAAUAACUACCAUGCUGUGCUACAUCAUACCUUGGGUGCUGCAAUCACUUAUCCAUAUUGCUGUGCUAAUAAUACAAGGCAUGUCCCUCAGGGCAGGACCCUGCCUCCUGCAAGUGCUCACCGGGUCUGUUCAUCUGGCUUCCAAGUUAGAAGGCCAAGAAUGACCAAGACUGAAACCAGGUUCCCACAUGAAUCUUAGGGUGCCCUUGUUAGGCCUGAGCAACAAGCUUGGGCUGUAGACAUUGCGUAUUAGAAGGCUGUAUGCCCCAAAUCCUACAGCAAGCAUGUGUAAGAUCAGACAUAAUGGGUUUCUAAGUCUAGUGUACACACGGAGAGCUGAUCUGAAGGGUGAUGGGAGCUAUCCACAUUAACUUGAGCCCAUUGGUCAUUAGAGACUAUGUUGGUGGCAUUGUACCUUCCAGCCCUCUCUAAAUAGAAUCCUGUGAUCCAAGGAAUGCGAUCCUGAUAGAGCCCUAAAGGGUAGAAAGAAGUAUGAAAUUCCUAUAUCCUUCCCGUGGGAAAUGAGAAGCCUUGGGAUUCUUCGAGCCUGAGUUGCACUUCCCUCCUGCUUACAAAAAGAACAUAAUCUGCUCUUGACCUAGGGAGGAGGUUGAACUAGACUGUACAUGUGUUCUAGAACUGGGGAGCUACAGAGCAACCUGUCUGGCUAUAGUAGCGUCACAGACACAAUCACAUAUCCUAUAAGGUCAGCAUUAUUCCGCUUGGGGUCAAGAAAACCUAAGUACCUCCAGGUGUAGUUGCCCCGAAAAUCCUGACUGGCCACUCAGCCAAUAUGUGAUCUUGGUCAUUCUUGCUUGCAAUACGUGUUACUCACUACUGUUCUCAUGAUCUGACCAACUGUUAUGUUUACAUAACAUGCAUGUACUCAUGCAUCUUCUUCCAGAGCCAACGUAUGUAUACCUGUACAAGCGUAGCACUCCUAUCACAUGGCUCGUUGCUCAGCACAUCACAAUGGUUAUGUUUUAAAAAGAUAUACUAAAGGCUCUAUUUUUUAGAAAGGUAUUUUUAAAGUGCCUAAACAUCACUUUGAGAAUUGUGGGAAAGAAUCCAGUUACCCCAAUGAUGAAGACUCAGUAACUUUCUCACUUGGUCUUUAUAUGGAGGAAACACAAGUUUGGUUUUAUGUCUAUAAAGGCAAUGUUGAAAAGUAUUUUAACCAUAAAAAUAAAAGUCGGCUAGUUUACAGACCUACCUAUGAGGGCGUGGAAAUGACCAUGGCCUGUAUUUCAGGGACUAAUGGAAACUAGGCCUAGAAUACGUCAGAUGUUUUGUACGAAAGAAUCUCAAUAAAGCAAACAUUUGAAAU